AAGGCCGGGCGAGGGGCCAGUGAUCCGGACAUCCAGCCUGGAAAAUGAACAAGAGGAAGGGAACCCCGGGUCGAGGCGCCGCCGCUGCCCGCCAGCUGGGUCUGCUGGUUGACCUCUCCCCAGACGGUCUAAUGAUCCCUGAGGAUGGUGUUAAUGAAGAGGAACUGGAGGCUGAGUUCUUGGCUUUGGUGGGAGGCCAGCCUCAAACCCUGGAGAAGCUGAAAGGCAAAGGUCCCCUGCCCAUGGAGGCCAUUGAGAAGAUGGCCAGCCUGUGCAUGAGAGACCCAGACGAGGAGGAGGGAACGGAUGAGGAAGAUGUGGAGGCAGAUGACGACCUGCUGGCAGAGCUAAAUGAGGUCCUUGGGGAGGAGCAGAAGACUUUGGAGUCCCAGCCUCCUGUGGCCCAGGCCAAGGCUGCAGCCACAAGCCCAGGGGUAGAGGCUACUUUGCAGGAGAGACUGGUCCUCUACCAGACAGCCAUCGAGAGCGCUAGGCAAGCUGGGGACGGAGCCAAGAUUCGGCGCUAUGACAGGGGGUUGAAGACACUGGAAAACCUACUGGUCUCUGUCCGGAAGGGCAACACCAUCGAUGAAGGAGAUAUUCCACCACCUGUGGCUGUAGGGAAGGGCCCAGCAGUGACACCCAGCCACACCCUCAUGCCCACCCAGCUGACCCCUGCAAACCCACCGACUCCUGAGUCCAGGGUGACUGUGGAAGGCCCUCUUCCCAUAGCUCCUGCCUCAUCCCUAGGCUCCACCAAACCCCCAGGUCCCUGCAGCCCUGGCCCCCUGGCCCAGCUGCAGAGCCGCCAGCGCGAGUACAAGCUGGCCGCCCUCCACGCCAAGCAGCAGGGAGACACCUCCACCGCUGCCAGAUACUUCCGUGUGGCCAAGAGCUUUGAUGCCAUCUUGGAGGCCUUGAACAGGGGGGAAUCUGUGGACCUGUCUCGCCUACCCCCUCCACCUGACCAGCUGCCUUCAGAUCCACCAUCAUUGCUACCGCAGCCUGCAACCACCAUGGUACCUUCCACACCAGAGGUUCCUACACCCCCAAAGACUCUCCUGGAGGCUCUGGAACAGCGGAUGGAGCGAUACCAUGCGGCUGCAGCCCAAGCCAAGACCAAAGGAGACCAAAGGAAGUCUCGUAUGCAUGAACGCAUUGUCAAGCAAUACCAAGAUGCCAUCCGAGCACACAAGGCUGGCCGAGCCGUAGAUGUGGCUGAACUACCUGUGCCCCCAGGCUUUCCCCCCAUCCAGGGCCUAGAGGCCACCGAGCCCACCCAGCCCAACCUUGUGGGCGUCCUAGAGACUGCCAUGAAGCUGGCCAACCAGGACGAAGGCCUCGAGGAUGAAGAGGACGAGGACCCUAAAAAGCAGCCCAAUAGCCCUUCAGCCCCUGUGACCCAGUCCAAAGCCCCACCCUCAAGGACACCCCAGUCAGGAUCUGCUCCCACAGCCAAAGCAGCCCCCAAAGGUACAUCCACGAGAGCCCAGCAGCAACUAGCCUUCCUGGAGAGCCGCAAAAAGCAGCUCCUGCAGGCCGCACUACGAGCCAAACAGAAGAAUGAUGUGGAGGGCGCCAAAAUGCACCUACGCCAGGCUAAGGGACUAGAGCCCAUGCUGGAGGCCUCACGCAAUGGGCUGCCCGUGGACAUCACCAAGGUGCCACCAGCUCCAGUCAACAAGGAUGAUUUUGCCCUGGUCCAACGACCAGACCCUGGUCUGUCUCAGGAGUCUGCCCGACGCUAUGGUGAACUCACCAAACUGAUUAGGCAGCAGCAUGAGAUGUGCCUGAACCACUCUAGCCAGUUUACCCAUCUGGGUAACAUCGCUGAAACCACCAAAUUUGAGAAGCUGGCAGAAGACUGUAAGCGGAGCAUGGAGAUCCUGAAGCAGGCCUUUGCCCGGGGCCUCCCCACACCCAAUGCCCGCUUUGAGCAGAGGACCUUCAGUGUCAUCAAGAUCUUCCCCGACCUCAGCAGCAACGACAUGCUCCUGUUCAUCAUGAAGGGCAUCAACUUGCCCACACCCCAAGGGCUAUCCCCUGGUGACCUGGAUGUCUUUGUUCGGUUCGACUUCCCCUACCCCAAUGUGGAAGAAGCUCAGAAAGAUAAGACCAGCGUGAUCAAGAAUACAGACUCCCCUGAGUUCAAGGAGCAGUUCAAACUCUGCAUUAACCGCAGCCACCGUGGCUUCCGAAGGGCCAUACAGAGCAAAGGCAUUAAGUUUGAAGUGGUCCACAAGGGGGGGCUGUUCAAGACUGACCGAGUUCUUGGCACAGCCCAGCUGAAGCUGGAUGCCCUGGAAACAGCAUGUGAAAUCCGGGAGAUCCUUGAGGUCCUGGAUGGUCGCAGGCCCACAGGGGGGCGCUUGGAGGUGAUGGUCCGUAUUCGGGAGCCACUGACAGCCCAGCAGUUGGAGACAACAACUGAGAGGUGGUUGGUCAUUGACCCUGUACCAGCAGCUGUGUCCACACAGGUUGCUGGGACCAAAGGGAAGGCCCCUCCUGUGCCUGUCCCUUCGAGGGAGCCAGGGAACAGGUCAGCUCGACCCCUGCACAGCCUCAGUGUACUGGCCUUUGACCAAGAACGUCUGGAACGCAAGAUCCUGGCCCUCAGGCAGGCACGGCGGCCAGUGCCCCCGGAGGUGGCCCAGCAGUACCAGGACGUCAUGCAGCGCAGUCAGUGGCAGAGGGCACAGCUGGAGCAGGGGGGCCCUGGCAUCCGGCGGGAGUACAUGGCUCAACUGGAACGCCAGCUGCAGUUCUACACGGAGGCUGCCCGGCGCCUGGGCAAUGAUGGCAGCAGGGAGGCUGCGAAAGAGGCACUGUACAGGCGGAACCUAGUUGAGAGUGAGCUGCAGCGGCUCCGAAGGUGAGGGACCAAUGGGGCGGGCAGCCCUCAGAAAGCAGGGAGCAGGCCCAAGGCCCCAGCGAUGGGAGGAGCUGAUGGGGCCAGAGACCAGACAAGCAGACAAUCAGUGGACAUCAGCUCUGGAUGGAUAUGUCCCCAACCAGGACCACCCAGCCCAGCCAGAGCCUCCCUGGCAGGAGGUGUCAGGACUGUGCCCGCCAACUAGCGUGUGCCCCCCAUCUAGACCGUUUGCACAGCCCAGGGGGAUCUGGCCCCUGGCCUGCCCCGGUGGUGGGAGGGCAGCUAGGUCUAAGUCCCAUGGGCCCCUGCAAGCACUUUACUUCCUGUCCCUCCCCAGCCUUAACCCUGAAGCCCACCCACACCCCAAAGAAGCAUUUGAGGCCAGCCAGAGCCCAGCUUGGCUCCCCAGAGGACUGACUACUCUGGCCCAGCUGGGUCCCAGGGGCUGACACAGAGAAUAAACAGCCAGGGCCACACCCAGCUCACUCUAUCCUGUCUUUGUUUCUAGCAGGGUCUCCCCCACUUCCCCUCAUGCCCCCUUGGGGGUGGAUGGGGAGGGUUCUGCAAGUGAGGCUGACUGGGGAGAGGGAUGUGCCUGUGCAGGGUGUGCUUGAUUUAAACUCCACAGGGAUACACAUGAGGGUCGAGGGUCUGUGCAUCUGUCACGGCCUGCGGCCUCCCUGUGGGCUAUCCCUCCAGACAAUGUUUCUUUAGCCAUGGCCUUGGGCUUCUCUGGGUUUACAUAUGGUGGUGUGUGGCUCAAAGUCUAGCCCUGUCAGUUACUGGCCACAGGACCUGGGCCAAACUGCUGGUCCCCUUAGAAUCCCCAAGCCUCAGGGAUAAUGAAAGCCCCUCCUGCAGCUGAAGGGCACAGGUCAGUGAUAAGUGCCUAAAAGGGUGGUUCCUUUAUUACUGCUUUUCUGUGUGUUCGGAGAGUGGGGGGCCAACAAGGCCAGCAUGGUCUGUGCACCUGGGUGUGGGCCGCACACUUCAGCCCCUCCUCAGAAUCCCUGUGUGUGUGGAUGCAGUGCCUCGCCCCAGCUUCCCAGCCAGCACAGGUUGGGAGACCCAGCUCUUGAGGCCUGGAGAGCCAGGUCCAGGCCCCAGGUGGGUGUUCUCUCCUUAUUCCAUGACCCAGAGGUCUGGGCUGCUCUGCUGCUCCCUUCAGUCUCAGGAGCCUCCUGCUCGUGGCCAGCGUGGGCCUGUGUGUGGCAGCCGGACCAGGACCUGCUCAGGGUUACCCGUAGUGUCCACCACAUGCAGGUGCGGGAGGCCCAGGAAGGCAUCAGGUGCGAUGCUGGACAUGUGAAGUCUGUUGACACUGGACCAAGAGGCGGGUAUGAGGGAUGAAGAGGAUCCUCCCCCUGCCCAUCUCUACCCACCAACCCAGCUGCCCACGGGGCACCUGAGGAAGAGUGCUCACAGGCAGGAUGUGCUGAGGAAGGCUUCAGGGCCCACGUGGCAGAUGCAAUUGCCCUGCAGAUGCAGCUCCUCCAGGGCCAUGGGCAGGUCGGGGGGCACAAAAGACAGCUCAUUGUGGCCGAUGUCCAGCACCUGCAUAGGUGAGCACAGACAGAGUGGUUGCGGCCGCAGGCCCUGGGCCACCCACUCAGCCAAGUCCCAAACUGCCCUCCUUGUUGAGAUAGGUAGGUCCUUGCACCCGCUCCCCUUAGCCCCUUCCAUGGCUGCUGAAUCUUUCCCCUCUAUUGAAGUCAAAUGAGCCCUUUCCAGGGCAGGCCCCAUCCGGGGCUUUGGGGGCACAGACAGAGUGGGUCACGGAUUCAAUCAUUCACUUAGGAAGAAUACAUCAUCUCCAAGUUCUCAUGCCCAUCUCAUACUGUCAUUUGCUCAUAUUUGAUUGCCUUUCUAACUAGGAUAUUGUAUCAAGGGCCGGGAGCUGUGCUGCUCUGUGACCAGCAUCUCCAGUGCUUAGAACAGCACCUGGUCUCCACAGAUGCUCGAGAGCUCUGCGGAGUCGAAAUUCUCAAGAACUGGAACUGUGGUGUUCACUGGGGAGGGAGACAGGAUAGUCAAGGAGGACCAGGUAGCAGGGAUCGGCCAGCAAAAAUCUGGAUAUAGAAUCUGUAUCUACCCCAGGGCUGACCCACAGCUGGAGCUCUUUGUAGUAUGGCAGGGUUUUGUAGAGGAAGAACUAGGGAGACUGAGGGUGGAGGGGAUUCCUGAGUGUUGUCAGUGUGACUGAGUAAGCUGCCUCUGACCUGGAGGGCCUGUAGCUCAUGCCAGGUGCCUGGUCCAAUGUCCCCCAUCCGGAGCCGGUCAUGCACCAGGAUGAGCUCCCGCAACUGGUUCAGGCCAGCCAGCAGCUCAGACUCUAGGGCUUGGAGCUGGUUUUGCUGCAAUCGAAGGGUGUGCAGACUGGCAGGCAGGCCAGUGGGCAUCCAGGUCAGUUGGUUGCCAGUCAGAUCAAGGCUGCGCAGGGCACGCAGUGGGCGGAAGGCCCGAUGGUGCACACGGGAGCUGACCAGCUGGUUGU